AUGGAUGCGUCUAGCAGUGGGAGUGCAGUGCCGGUGGUGGCCCGCAGGCGUCGCCGGGCAGCGAGACAGCUGCGUGAAUCGACGCCCGAUCCGGCCCGCGACGGAAGCGUCGGCAGCCAGUCGAACUCGUGCGACGAUCAGAGCGGGUCCGAGUCCCGCAGCCGCAGCACCGUGGAAAGCAGUCCAUCCUCCUCGAAGAAGAGCUUGAUCGAGCGGGCGAUCGAUUAUGGAAACUCGCAUCGGAAUAAAAUUCUGGCCCGCAAGGAGAAGAAGCUGUCCAGUGCGGUCGCACCGAGGAGUCGAUCGGUGCCGCGCGACGAGGGCGAUGUACCGAGCAGUCCGGAAAUAUUCUCACUACUCAGGCGGGCCAAGCGAAGUCUGUCGGGUGCACGCAAACCCAAAACGGACGACUCGAGCGAUGGUGGCCGCAUCUCCGACACGGAGGUACGCAAGCGGCGCGAACGCAUCGAACGCUUCCAGACCGAACGAUCGCGCGAAAGCUCGGAAGGCAAAGCGGCCAACCCGCUGCAAGCCAAUCUGCAACGCUUCAACGAAGAGCGGCGCAAAUUCGAGCUGGAAAAGUUGAAGUUCUUGCAGGAGAAGCGUGAGCUCGAUCGGAUGCGGCUGCGACGGUUCGAGAAGUACCGCGAAGAAAUGCUGGAAGAGCAAAGCCGCAAGCUGAAGGCAAAGCUGCAAGAAGAGCGUGCCAAGAGCAUCGAAGCUACUCCGAUGCCUCCGCUGGCACCAUCCGUUGCCCAUCGGGCUCGUACUCCAACACGACCGGCCGACAGUCUGUCGCCGACCGUUGCGAAGAAGAAGAUACUGAUCGUACCGAAGGCACGCUCAUCUAGCCGUUCGGCCUCGACAAGCGAAGAUGAGGGUCGUUUGUCGUCCGAUGAGGAGAAGAAGCAGACAGUUAGGCGUCGCUUUUCGCCGCGAAAGCCGAAGAGGACACGUUCUUCCAAGCUGGAGUCGAUGGUGAGACGCACCCAUCCGCGGACGGAUGGGAUCACUUCGCCCGAAUCGGAGCUACCGUCAGACUUUCAGCCGGAACAACCGGAGCCGGUGGUUCGGAAUGAUGCUCCGGAGGAGCCAAAACCAGAACCGGAAAGCGAUGCAAAAGAGGAGCAGCUGUUGCUUGUGGAGGAACCAAAGAAGCAACCGCUUGAGGAGGAAUCAAAACCUCAAGAAGUAAAGGAAACGGAUGAGAAGGAUAUUGAAGCAGGCAAAGAGCUUUCCCUUCAAGAAGACGGGCUUAAGAUACGGCAGCGACGCAGGUCACUCGUGCUGUACGUUGAGCAGCGGGAGAUCUUCAGCUGGCGACAGAUCACGCAAGAGUGGUACGACAUGUGGCAGGACUUCCUGGACGAUCAUCCGGAGGAGCUCGUCCGGAUGAAGGUGCAGGUGAACCACUGCCUGUUUUACUUCGCAGUGAUGGUAUUGCUGUGUGGCGUCGGUGGCAUCGCGUUCCGGUUGACCGAGGGUACGUUCGAGUCGCAGUACAAGUGUGGCGUGAAGCGCGUCAAGCGCGAGUUCAUCGAUCAGCUUUGGCUUUCCAGUCACAAUCAGAGGGAAGAGGACUGGAAGUUAUCGGCACGCAACCGGUUGCGCAAGUUUGAGGAGGAGCUCCAGAUCGCGUUCGAGGCGGGAAUGAAAACGUACAGCGGCAACACGGCCUGGAACUUUGUGAACGGCGUCAUCUACUCGCUUACGGUGGUGUCAACGAUUGGAUAUGGACAUAUUUCACCGUCUACGACGACCGGCAGGGCGCUGACGAUUCUAUACGCGAUCAUCGGCAUACCGAUCUUUCUGAUCGUGUUGGCCGACUUUGGCAAGCUCUUCACGAGGGGCAUCAAGUUCAUGUGGGCCUACGUGCGACGGUUGUACUAUACGGGCUCGGUUAAAAAGGUUCGCAAGACUGCACAAGUUCAGGAGGUAAUGAAGGGCCUCAAUGUCGUCUACGAUAUGGUCAGGCGACCGAGUGCCGAUAACGAACUGCAGGGAGCAACAACCACGACAACCGUGGCCGCCCAACAACCCAGCAAUCCACACCGCCCCAACCCCCAUCCCCGUGCCGGACACCCCAACUACCCCGUGCCCGAAACGUUCGAAAUCGACGACGAGUUCAAUCUGCCCAUCUCGGUCGCGAUCGUCAUACUGGUCGCGUACAUGCUGUUCGGGGCGCAGAUCUACUGUACGUGGGAAAACUGGAGCUUCUUCGAGGCGUUCUACUUUGUGUUCAUCUCGAUCUCGACGAUCGGGUUCGGCGAUUACGUGCCCCAGCACCCGAUCUACAUGAUGUGCAGCAUACUGUAUCUGAUCUUCGGCCUGGCGCUCACCUCCAUGUGCAUCAACGUGGUGCAGCUGAAGCUGAGCGACAGCUUCCGGCAGGCCAGUGCAAAGAUCGGCGCAACGAUUGGGCUGCAGAUGGCGGAAGCGGCCUCCCAGCAUCAGCACUCACCGGUGCACACACCGAUCGAGCUGGCCGCAGUACACACCUCCACCCCUACCAGUGCGGUGAACGUGAGCCUGAAGGACACACCGACCUUACCGGCCCGACCGUCCAGCUCCGUACCAAAGCCAGACAAGAAGGAGUAAUGCGGGAGAGCGGGUUAUCUGUUAUACGAAAACAGUACGCACAAGUACAAUGCACCAAGAAAUGGCACGAAACGGGAUGAGGGGGGGGGUGGAGUGUGGGGAGCGGGUAUGAUCGACGGAAGCGCUCUUAUUUAUAUUAGCUAGGACUAUAUAAACAAA